AUGAAGCUCGUAGUUCUUGGGGCCUGUGGCGGCAUUGGCCAGACGCUAAGUCUGCUUUUGCGGACAAACGCACUCAUUGAUGAGCUUGUGCUCUACGACGUGGUCGACCCGGUGGGAGUGGCCACCGACCUAUCGCAUAUUCCCACUCGACAGAAAAUCAGGCAUUUCUGUCCGUUGUCGAAAACAGACGACUCGCAGCUGCGAAUGGCGUUGCAAGAUGCAAAUGUCGUGGUCAUUCCCGCCGGAAUUCCCAGAAAGCCUGGAAUGAGCAGAGACGACUUAUUCAACAUCAACGCGUCGAUCGUCCAGCAGCUGGUGAAAGUUUAUGGCGAGAUUUGUCCGGAGGCGUUCUUGGCAAUCAUUUCGAACCCGGUGAACUCUACCGUCCCGAUUGCAGCCGAGCAGCUGCGGAGCCAGAAUUGUUUCCAUCCAGAAAGGUUGUUUGGCAUAACUACAUUGGACAGUCUGAGACUGGAGCAGUUUUUGGGUGAGCUGACCGGGGAGUGGGAUGUGCAAGGCCAGGUGUACACUGUCGGGGGACACUCCGGAGAGACGAUUGUGCCUGUUUUAGGGAAUUGGCGCCUGCGGCUGUCUCCCGAGCAAAUCAAAGGCCUAGUAAAUCGUGUCCGGUACGCCGGAGACGAGGUCGUGCAGGCCAAACAGGGUAAAGGAUCAGCAACAUUGUCGAUGGCAGCUGCAGCAAACCGUUUCCUGUGUGGGAUUUUACGGGCGAUUUGUACGGGGGAAACUGUGGACGAGGUUGCCUUUGUAAACGUUUCGCGGCUAAAAGCCGACGAUUGCUUUGUUCGCGAAAUGAUGCACAAGGUGGAAUUUUUUGGGGUUCCGAUAAGCCUUGGACCCGAAGGCGUUGCAAAGGUGAAAUCUCUGGGGAGUUUGAGCGCGGACGAGAAGGAAGCGAUUUCGCACAGUCUGCCCACGCUGUGUGCGCAAAUAGCAAAGGGUGCCCGUUUUGUGAAGGAGUCUAAGCUGUGA